AUGGAUCAUCCGAAGCCUGAUAUUUUCGCGAUGGAGGAUGUUCAUGAAGAUAGUCCUGUUGCGCAACAGCAGAAGUUUACCCGUCUUUUAUUGAAGUUGGAUAUGCGAAUUCUUCCGGUGCUAUCUCUACUAUUCCUCUGUUCUUUCCUUGAUCGGACUAACGUCGGCAAUGCCAAGAUCAUUGGAUUGGAGGCAGAUAUCCAGAUUACUGACCACCAAUAUCAAAUAGGGCUAGCACUACCAAGUAACCUGGUGCUGAAGAAAGCAUCGCCAAAGAUAUGGCUGCCCUUCCUGACAGUCACCUGGGGAAUUAUCACAAUGUGUCUUGGCUUUGUACAGAACUAUGCUGGAUUUGUGGCUGUGAGGGCACUUUUAGGAGUUGCAGAAGCUGGCUUACUACCAGGCACGGUACUGUACCUGUCUACUUUUUACAGACGAAAAGAUUUGGCUUUACGCAUUGGGCUGUUCUAUACAGCGGCGUCUUUGUCGGGUGCUUUUGGUGGUAAGCUAUCUUUCCCCUAUCUAUCUAUGGGUGCCAAAUAUAACCCUGGAAACGCAGGUCUCCUCGCAAGAGGGUUGGCAGAAAUUGCUCCUAGAGGCGGAUUAGAGGGCUGGCGCUGGAUCUUCAUUAUUGAAGGACUUCUGACCUUUUUAUGUGGUGUGGUGAGCUUCUUCGUUCUUCCGAACGCGAUGAAUUCUGCGAAAUUCCUAACGGCGGAGGAGCGUGAGCUCGGACGUGAAAUGUUGAUGUUGGAUCAUCCCAAGCAAGAAGAAGGCAGUUCCGUGACUGCACAUGAAGAGUCAUUUCAAUGGUCCGAAGUACGCCGAGGAAUUCUAGACCCACAAGUCUGGCUCUCUGCCAGUACAUAUUUUGCUAUUCUUGCCGGUUUGUAUUCAUUUGGCUUAUUUCUACCAACUAUCAUCAAAAAUCUCGGGUUCGCCAAAGAUGCCAACGAGGUCCAAUUAUGGUCAGUGAUACCAUAUGCCGUUGCAGCCGUCAUCACAGUUGUUGUGGCAUUCAUCUCGGAUCGCCUGAGACUUAGAGGAAUCGUCAUGCUCUUCACCCUCCCUAUUGCGAUCAUCGGCUAUGCAGUCAUAGCCAGCGUUGAUCAUCCACAUGUGCAGUACGGAAUGACAUUCCUUAUGGCAACGGGCUUGUAUGCAAGUGUGCCCUGCGUACUAGUGUGGCUGUCGAAUAACUCCGCAGGGCAUUACAAACGGGCAACAACCUCAGCUUUACAGUUAGCUAUUGCAAAUGCAGGAGGGUUCGUAGCUACAUUCAGCUACUCUUCUCAUGAGGGAUCUCAGUUUCGUCGCAGUCACAUCACUAUUCUUGGACUACUUGUUUUUGCGUGGUUCAUGAUCUUAUUUAAUGUGCUUUAUUGCGCGAAAGUUAAUCGCGAUAAACAGAGCGGAAAAUAUGAUUGUUUCGUUGGAUAUAAUGAUGAUCGAAAUCCCGAGUUCAAGUUGGUGCUGUGA